AUGGCGGAUCUUCCACCUGAGAAUCCCAUCCAAGCAGAAGAUGGUUCAGCGGGAAGAAGAACAUCCAGGAGAGUAGCGCGCCUAAGUUCCCAACAGGUUCAACACAAACGAAAUCUUGAUCGCACAUCUCAACAGGCAUAUCGUCAGCGCAUCAAAUCAAGGGUCAAAGAUCUAGAAGAUGAGCUAUCACGCCUUAAAGCUGACCGUGGCAGCAGCCAGGAGACGCUGCUCCGCAAAAUCCAGACCCUUCAUACCGAGAACCGAGAAUUAAAAGGACGAUUGAAGAAGAUACAACAGCUGGCGGCCGCCGAGGAAUCUCAUUCCAGUGAUAGCCUCCAACAUGACGACUUGCAUUCCUCCGCGCUGACGGAUAAUGGGGACGGUGACGCUGCACCUGUCCAACUUGAAAUCCAAACCAGGCCCCCAGAUGACCAGGAGAUGGCUACCAAUGCGCAAAAUUACAAGCCCAGUAUUCAGAUGGACCUAUCACAGCAAGGUCAGCCACACUCUAGCGUUUUUUCAAAUGGCAGCGAUCGUAGUGAUGUGUACAUGCAUAAUGAUGACACAAAUGUACAUGACGAGCCUCGCACCUCUCAACCUAAAGUCAUACCAAAUGCACACGUGCAGUCUUCGCCGCAUAGUAACAUCAACGCCCUUCAGGAGGAAAUUCUCUUGACAUUUGGCGACGUUGCCUUGCCCGAAAAGCUCGCCUUCAUGUUUGUUAUGUUCCGCAAUAUGAGGUGGCAACUUUCCUCCUCAAAACACGACUACGAGGCAAUGCCGCGGUGGCUUCGACCAACGGCACUUCAGAUCACUGCCCCUCAUUCUGCAUGGAUAGACAAUCUGCCCUGGCCUCAUAUGCGCGAUUUAUUGAUCGAAGAUCCUCAAAAAUACCCCUAUUCAACUUUCUCUGAGCUUUACUCACCGCACGUAUCCGUGAAUUGGCCCUAUGAUCCAAUGGAUACUGUCUUGAUGGUCGGGAACGAUAUGGUCCUAAAUCCUAUCUUUGAGAAACACAUCCAGCGGUUGGAGAAUUGGAAGGUUUCGGGUCCUUUCUGCGAAACUCUACCUGAGCUAGCAGCUGUCACAUAUCGGUGA